CGGAGGGAGUAUAACUUUAAGGAACGGAGGAAGUAUAAUAUAUUCCAACAUUAACUCACUAUAGUAAUAGUAUUAGCGGUAAUAAAACAUACUCCCUUUGUAUCAUAUUAGUUGGUGCUUAAGGAUUUUACACAAAGAUUAAGAAAAUACAGAAUUCUAUAUAGUUUAUCUUGGUUACAUAAAAGUAACAUUAAAUAAAAUUAGUUUAACCAAUAAGAAAAAAUACAAUAUUUUAUAAUUGGUCAUAAUUUUUUAAUGAUAUUAAAUUUUAUCUAGAAUAAUGAAAACAUCACAUAAUAUGAAACAAAAUUAAAAUCCCUAAACAUCACUUAAAGUGAUAGGGAGGGAAUAUAUCUUGAUGUUUUAGAUUAUUAUAAUAUGGAAAAGAAAACAUUAAAUUGCAUGUAAUUCCACAAUAACCGUUAAUACUUAAUACUAGUACUGAAUUUGGCGGCUCUGAUCAUUCGAAUAACCAAAAAAAGUAGUACUUAAUUAGAGACUUUAUAUUAUACAAAAAGACAAAGCUAAUAAAAAAAAUAGUAGGAAUUGUAGUGUCUGAGAAGGGUUGGGAUGAUUUGAGGAAGACAACCUGCCUUGGUUAUGUUCUGUGUUGUUAAAACUCCUAGAACUAUAAUUAUCUUAUUGUUUAUGAUAAAUGAUUCAUUUUAAUACUUUGAAAAAACUAAGUAUCAUAUAUGGAUGAAUUUCAAUGAUGUAAUAAUUUUCUUUUCUAAUUUUGCAAUCAAACGUAUACAAAAAUACGAUGGCGAAUUAACUUUCAUGAAGUACUCAGAAUUCUAUGUUUUAUGUUGAUUUUGUUUUACCGAUUUGAUUUUUUGAAUGAAUUGUUGGCAAAGCAUCCAGAAAAUCUUCUUUAAUUUUUUUUUAACACCCAUCCAGAAAAUCUUAAGAUGGAAGAAAACAUAGUAUUAUUUAGAAGGUUGUGCCCGAAAGUGAAGACCCACAACAACAACCAAAAAUCAUCCAUAUACAAUACAGAUAUAUGUAAUAUAUUAUCUAUAAUAAAAUCAUUUAUUUUAUUUAUAAGAAUAUGAAGAUUUCAAGAGAGGGAGGUUGAAGACAGCGAAGCAGAUGUUUUGUGCAGCGGACCCAAUAUAUAUACAGCGAAAAAGCUUUUCUAAUCAACUUGCUUCUCUCUUUAGCCAUUGACGUGGGUUCCCACUAGCAGCUUUCUUGUCUGCUCCAUCUCCAUUGGCUCUCUCUCUCUCUCUUACUCUUUUCUUUUGUUCCUUCAAUCAACACAAACAUCCCACUCUUCUCGUACAAAGAGUUUAGUUUUUUUUUUUUUUUUUUUUGUUGGAAGGGGAAAAGUUACAGUUUUCUUUUCCUUUUGUAAAUCGCAUAUAGAUUUUUAAAAAGGGUAAAAACUAAAAACUUAGAGUUUUGAUUCUGGGGGAAAUAAUUAAUCAGAUGGCUCAGCAGAGACAGUUUCAGAUGGAAGGUGGUAAUAACGAUACGAAGCUGACGAAAAUCUUCGUUGGAGGAUUAGCAUGGGAGACGCAGAAAGAUACAAUGAGACGUUACUUCGAGCAGUUUGGUGAAAUAGUAGAAGCUGUCGUCAUCACCGAUAAGAACACUGGCAGAUCCAAAGGCUAUGGCUUCGUGACGUUUAUGGAAGCUGAAGCAGCGAUGAGAGCUUGUCAGAAUAUGAAUCCUGUGAUUGAUGGAAGAAGAGCUAAUUGCAAUCUUGCUUUUCUUGGUGCUCACAAACCUCGUCCUCCUACUUCUCCUAGACAUGGGAGAUUUAGGUCGCCAGGAGGAGCAGGACUAGUGGCUCCGUCUCCUCAGUUUCGAGGCUCUUCUUCUUCCUCUGCUUUGGCUCAUCAUCAUCAACAACAACAACACAUUGGUCAAUUCCCAUUUCCUUACUCUUCUUACGGAUUUUCUGGUUAUUCUCAAGAGGGAAUGUACCCAAUGAAUUACUACAACCAUCAUCUUUAUGGAGGACAACAGUAUUCUCCAUAUAUGGGUCCUCCAUCAUCAGGAUCAACAGGAAUGUUCCAUGGCUACUAUCCUUACUAUCCUCAGUACAAUGCAGCACAAAGUAGCAAUCAAGCUCAAGCUCAAACACAUCAUCAUGGUUUCAGCUUUCAAUACACUGCUACUACUCCUCCUCCUCCUCUUUUGCAAUACCCUUACUUGCCUCAUCAGCAAUUCAGCUCCCAGCCUCCCCCACCACCAAUCCUCUCCCUUCCAACCUCUUUGGCUCUAUCAUUAGCAUCUUCAGCUUCAUCUUCCUCCUCUUUGUCAACCUCCACCUCAGCUGCCACAUCUGCAACAAAAACAGUUGUUAUUACUACAACAGCUCCAAAAGCAGCAGCUGAAGCUAGCAACAAAGAUGGUCAUGAAGCAAUUACAUCAUCAUCCAUCAAGAUAGAGGAUUGAUUUAGUACUACAAUAGCAGAGCAAAGGGACUACUUCAGUGUGCACUAACUCAUGAUCAAUCUAUCCAACAUGUUCUAGCUAGAAACAUUUAUUCAUAUCAUUUUUAGGUUUCUAGAAUCUUAAUUAGUACCUAGGAGGAGGAGGAAGAAAGACAGAAACCAUCCUUCACAUUCAUUGUUUUAUUUAUUUUCAUGAUUCAUAUUGCAUUUUAGGUUAAAGAAUCAAAGAAAAGGCAUUGGUGGCCUUUUUCUGGAUUCUUGGAUUGAUGCAGAAAGCAUCAUUCAACAUUACAUUAAUUUGGGGAUUUAUUUUUCAUGUUCAGAAGAAUUAUUUUAUGUCUUCUUCUGAACCCAAACAUGAUUUUAAAGCUUCGGAUAAGCUUGAAAUCCUUUUUUUUUUCACAUUUGUAAUUCUUGAAAUUGUCUUUUAAAUCUCAUUGCUUGUUCUUGUUCUUCAUUAUGAUUAUAUAAACUUUUAGAUGAUAACAUCUUUUAAUAUCAGCUGGAAUAUUCUACUU